CUGAACCUGUAGUCACGUGAUCUCUCGCGAUGAUUCACAUUAUUCUCGCAGUAUAUUGCUCUGUUAAUCCGUAAACGUCGUAGCUGUCUGUUGUUGAAGUGGACCUAUAUAAGCAGAAACAAGGUUGUUGGAAUCGCUGAACAACAGUCAUGUCAGAGUUAAGUGGAAAGGUCCAGACCGUCCUGGGUCUGGUGGAUCCAGACCAGCUGGGCCGCACAAUGACCCACGAGCACCUGACCAUGACCUUUGAGUGCUGCUACUUCCCUCCUCCUCAAGGCGAAGAGGCGGUGGCGGAGAACCCGUUCCAGAUGCAACACAUGCACUGGCUGAGACAGAACCCCUACAGCUGCCACGAGAACCUGCUGCUGCAGCAGGAGAUCCCCGCCGUGAGGGACGAGCUGCUGGCUUACAGGAAAGCCGGCGGGGGCACGAUAGUGGAGAACACAACCACGGGCAUAGACCGGGACCUGCCCACCCUAAAGCAGCUCGCCAAGGACACAGGGGUCCACGUCAUAGCAGGAGCAGGGUACUAUGUGGACUGCACACACACUGAGGCCACCAAGAGGAUGAGUGUAGAGAAGCUCACAGACAUCAUUGUCAGCGAGGUGCUUCACGGCGCCGAUGGUACUGACAUCCGCUGUGGAGUGAUCGGAGAGAUCGGCACCGGCUGGCCCAUCACGGAGAGUGAGAGGAAGGUGCUGAGGGCCACAGCUCACGCUCAGACACAGCUGGGCUGCCCCGUCAUCAUCCAUCCCGGCAGGAACCCCGCGGCUCCGGCUGAAAUCGUGCGGAUUCUUCAGGAGGCCGGUGGUGACAUCAGUAAAACUGUCAUGUCACACCUGGACAGGACUAUAUUUGAUGAUGGUGAACUGCUUGAGUUUGCAAAGCUGGGGAGUUACCUGGAGUACGAUCUGUUUGGAACAGAGAUGCUGAACUACCCCUACAACCUGGAGGUGGACAUGCCGAGUGACAGCCAGAGAGUGAAGGCCUUGGCAUUCCUCGUGAAGGAGGGCUACGACGACAAAAUCGUGGUGGCACACGACAUCCACACCAAGAACCGUCUCACAAAGUACGGCGGACACGGCUACUCUCACAUCCUAAAGAACAUUGUGCCGAAGAUGCUGAUGAGGGGGAUCUCACAGCACCAGGUGGAUAAGAUCCUCAUCGACAACCCCAAACACUGGCUCACCUUCAAAUAAGCAAAGAAAUAGAGAAAACCAAGAAAAGCCAUUUGAUUUAGCAAUGUUUUUUAUAUUCACGACUGAAAGAUUAAUGAACACGUUGAAAUCUUUGCAAUAAUCUCAGUCCAAAUUCUUCUUUAAAUGGGCUUUUGGACGCUGAAACCAAUUAGCUUGUUUUGUUUGUGGAUUAAUUUGUCUUUAAUGUCAACACUGGAAAACAUUUACAGGCUGUUGUUUCAUCCAGGCCCUCAUUAAUUAAAACUUGAUUUUAUA